GUAAUUCAGCGCUCGCUUAGAACGCCAGAUUGUAUUGCUACACACAAUCACCAAACUGGCAGUGUCAGUCAACACGUGCACACCACGGGUGGGGUCGUAUGCCCUGAGCAUAGCGACUGCGCACAUAUGAAGUGCAGUGCCAUUGCAUAUUCCAGAAACACAAUUCCAUCCCUUAUAAGCUAUAUCAACUUCUUAUUGCGCCAGCAAGCCGAUGUCCCCGUCUCGCUUUCACGAGCAUCUCACCUCUGGUCAAGACAGCGAUGUUAACUUGGCCACCUUUCCCCCGGAACCCAGCAAAGGAAAUAUACCAGACAGUAACAGAAUUGACGUCAUGGCACAAAUACGCGCAGCAACGAUGACCCCUACUCCCCUCAAAGAACUACUAAAAGAUCCUGUUGUUAUCAACACACUCUACAACGGCGACGGGAGGAAGAAGAGUCAUAGACAGUCAUCUAGCUCGCAACACCAUGAACCCCGUUACUCUACGUCGACAUUGAUGAGCAUGGUGGUAGCAGAAGAAGAAAGGCAAGCACAGCAGCUUAGAUCAACCCUUCGGUCGACGGGGGACAGGCUCGAUCAGGAAAUGCGCAGGGCAAAGCAGGCUGAAUCUAAAGCAGAAUUUUCAGAACUCCGAGCGCAAGAGUUGACUGUGCGUGUCAGUGCCGCCGAAACGGGCAAGCGCUACGCAGAACUCGAAGCGGCGCGUGCCAACGAAGAGACGCGGCGGUAUCAAAUGCGCAUCGAAAGCCUGGAAAAACAGGUCACAAAACUUCAGGCUGACAUCCGCGUCUUAGAGAGGCAAAGAAAUGAAGCCGAUGAAAGCGCAUCACGAGCGCGGGAUACUGCAAGAAAGUUUCAAAUCGAACUUAGCAAGCAGCAAGCAAAGGAGAAAGUAGUAGAAGAAGGUUCGAUAUAUAGUCGGAAGAAGUGGUUCGUAACCGGGCAUAACGAGGGUUGGGAUGCUGGGUAUGCGGAGGGCUUUGACGACGGCAGGGAGGAUGGGUUCGAAGAAGUCGAAACUAAACAAGGUCACAAAAUUGGUCGGAAAGAGAGAUUCAACAAUGACAGAGAACAAGAAGUCGAUGAAAAUGAUCAAACAGCACAAAAAAAGGUGCAACAAUGGAACGAACGCAUGCAGCGGUCUUCAUCGCCAGCCCAACUCGGUCCAAUAUGGCUGAAACGUCCACUGUACCAUGACCACGUGGACGUGACCCGAUGAACAUUUGAUAGAAGAUGCCCGUUGUCUUACACUGGACUCUUUUUAAUGACUGGCAGAUAACGCACCUUUAACUAUAUCGUCGUGACUGAUGGGUUAUUUUUAGUUGAAUUUUGUCCGGACAUGAGCACCGCGCAGGAAAUAGGCCUUGGCUAUUACAACUUGAUUCGCUCAAGGGUACCAUGAUUCUAAGCGUUUUGAUGAUGGUUUCGACGUUUAUUUCCGCGUUUGUGGGCGCUUGUGUUGCCGGCACCGGUCUGGAACUGUGGUUUGAAAGGAUUCGUGCGUGGGAAUAGACU